AUGGCUUCCGGGCGGCCUGAAGUGGCAGAGGUGGACAGUUACAGUUGGGAGCGACUGCCCGACAUGUUGCAUCCUCGCUGCUACACUACGGGCGCCUAUCAUCAAGGGAAAACUCUACCUGGAUGCGACAAGGAAGGGGUGGCAACGGACCUAGCCGAAGUCUACGACUUCACGAUGCGCGAGUGGGCGCCUCUCCCCAACAUACCGCACAGACGAGCCGCCUGCACCACGGCCGUAGUCCACGGCAACAAGAUCUACCUCAUCGGCGGCGUCAAGGAAAACCAGCGGCCGCAAGACGCGGUAGACGUCUUCGACAUAGAGCGGCGAGAAUGGGACGAGUCUUUCCCGCCUUUACCGAUAGGUGUCGUGGGUCCGUUCAUACAGCUGAUGGAAGAGCGAAUAUACGUCAUCGCCGGUACUAACAAAAAGGAGCCGGCCUGCAACCAAUCCGUGUUCUUGGACGUAGACGAGAAAGUAUGGAACCCCACCCCGCCCAAACCGACUCCUUGCUACGCCUGCGGGGGUUACAGGAGGGGGACCAAAAUUUAUAUUGUGGGGGGUCGUGACGGGCAGACCCCCAUUAAAUCGUUGGAGGUUUACGACACGGAGACCCAGCAGUGGGAAAAACUGGCCCCCAUACCCUCCAUACGGGUAUUCUACUCGGUCAUGGGGGUCGAAGACGAAAUCUUUGCCCUCGGGGGUCUGGUCCCCAUGGUCGGAAUCUGCAAGAUUGCGGAGAAGUACAGCAUCACUGAUAACAAGUGGACGAGACUCAAAGACAUGUUGGAGAUUCGCUCGGACGCAUCGUACGCUGUCAUCGGGGGUCGUUUGGUGGUGGCUGGGGGGCUAGGGGGGCAGCAAUUGCAGGCCAUGAGCACCGUGGAGUGCAUCGCCCCCCGGGGGAAGAGAUUUCACCGUCUCCCGAACCUGUCGAAGGCCCGUUCGUCGAUGAGUAGUGUGACCUUCGAGGGGAAGCUGGUGACGAUGAACGGAGUUGGAGACGGUGGGAUACAAAAGAUCGUGGAAGUCUUGAGCGUCAAACCGAAGAAAGAAGACAACUGAUGUUUGAAACUAAACAUUAAUUUUCUAGCUGUGACAAAAGUUAUUGUUUGUAUACCAAUGCAAAUUGUGACUCCUAUAUUAUAUUUAUGAGAGCAAGA